UGUUUGCUCAAUUGGAAUGACACUGACAGAUAAUUUUUAUUCCAAUUUUGACAGUGUCGCCACUCAAUAUAUUUACAGGCACUCUAGGUCUAUCGUAUAUGACAGAGUCUGUGUUUAUAUGAUAUAGCGUCGCGCAAAGAUGAAACCAAAGGAACCAAAUCAGUGUCAAACGAGGGUACCAAUCGAGCAAUUCGCGAGUUUUCUCAUACAUCCCAUAUUACAGUUGCAUCAAAAAGUUUGUUUAGUAUUUUAAAAUUUUUCAUAAAUAACAAUGAACUCUCAUUUUACAACGCCAACGUCAAACCUAUACAAUAUUGUUCAACCGCAAGCACAAGCUGUUGCAGAAACUUUAACAGAUAUAAAUUUCCAUACUAAUUUAACUAAAGCCCAGCGACGUAUGCUUGGUGAGAGCGAAGCCGCUAGAGUCAAAAGGCUUGCUAAAAACGCUGAACGAAUGCGACAAAAAAGAGCUUCAGAAACAUUUGAUGAAUACAAACUUCGCUUAGCUAAAAACGCUGAGAGCAACCGAAAAAGAAGACAAAAUGAAACUGAAACCGAGCGAUCUUUACGGCAUAUGCGGAACGCUAUGAGGCAAAGGUUGAGGAGAGCAAUGGAGACGCCAGAACAAAAAGAAAUUAGAAAGGCAAGAUUAGCACAGCGUAUGCGAGAGGUAAGGGCUAAUGAAACACCGGAACAACGAAAGAUUCGUUUAGAAAAAGGGGCAGCAAGAGCCCGCCAUAAAUUUUUAUCAGAAACGUCUGAAGAAAGAGCCGAGCGCAAUCGAAAAAAAGCAGAAUACGCGCGAUCAUUUCGCAGCACUAAAAAUUUACAGGUUAAAAGUUUUGUUGGUAAAAGUAUUGAAAGCAAAACAGAUGUAAAAGCACAAUGUAUGAAUAACACUACCAUCCAUCAAACCCAGAAUACAGAUUUAAUGUGCAGAGAACAGUCCUACACACAGGUUAAAAACUAUUCUAUCAAUUACAACGAGUUUGUUGCUUUCCCUACAUUUCUUAAUUAUUCACAUCUUAAAAACGGUCAUCAUAAUACUUACCCGCCAGCCUACCCUUCUCAAACUUAUUAUCCUGAUUUUUCUGCUUCGACACAUAUGAAAAGUGACCGAAUGUCCCAUUUAACACCUAAAGGCUCUGAAGAUUUGCAGUUAUAUUCUACAACGCUGAAGGAAACGCCACAGAAGGAUUGAUUGGGUAACAUCGAUCAGCUCAGCAGCAUCAAACAGCGAAUUCAAAAAGAAUUUUUUGUCAAACUUGGUCUACACGUCGACAAACCGCACGCUGGCUUCGGCAAUAGCAAUAACGGUGUUACAGCAAUACGUUUUUUCCAAUGCAGAAUUUUCUUUGGAGAUAACAGGAGUCGAUUUAAAUUUAAUUCAGCGAUUUCAGACGCCGCUAGCAACGAUAUUGAGUGGCGAAAGAAUUGAUGCAUCAAAAUUUAAGUCCAACGCUAUCGCUCAUUAUUAUGUAAGAUUGUAUGGAUGUUCAACAACAGUACACAAAUUACUAAUUCAAGGAUGUGAAAUAAUCGUUUAAUCUUCGAAUCCUAUUGGUAAACUUUCGGAAGGAGCCCAAGAAAGCAGGAAUUAAGCAAUCCGGAAAACAAGAGAAAAUAAAGGCCUGGAAAGGAUCACGUGAAAGAAUUAUCGGUGACAUGUUUCGUGAGCUGCUAAUUGCGUCAGAUCCGGUAGUUCCGAGUUUUAGACACAACAACAAAUCGAAAAGCACUUUCACAUAAAAGGUGGAAGAUUCAUUAAUUUUCAGUCAUGAUGAUACUGACGAUGACGAGUAAAAUGUUAAAACCAAAUGCAUUGGU